AUGUCUGCCACGCCGGAGGACUUCCUGGCGGCGCAGGAGGGGGCUGCGCCGUACCUGGCGGUGCCGGAGCCCUUCUCGCCCUCCGUCUUCCUCGACCUGCCCCCGACGCCGCCGGGGCGCCCGACCGACGACGACGACGACCCGGACCUCAUCCUCCCCUUCAUCUCCCGGAUGCUCAUGGAGGAGGACAUCGACGACAAGUUCUUCUACCAGUUCCCCGACCACCCGGCGCUCCUCACCGCGCAGCAGCCCUACGCGCAGAUCCUCUCCGACUCUGCCACCGCCUCCUCUCCGUCCGAAGAUUCCUCCUACGCCGCCGCCAUCAACACCACCGCCAUCACAACUACAACCAGCAGCAGCGGCUCGGGGACCGCCGGCGGCAACUCCAGCCUCUCGCCCUCCUCCGACGCCCCCGCGUCCUCCCCCGACCCCGCCUCCUGGCCGCCCUACGACGACCCGGUCGACCUCUCCGACCUGCUCCGCUCCCCGCCGUACCCUUCUCCUGACAUGGGGGUCGGCCUCGACGACUUCGCCGGACUCUUGUCGCCGGCACAAGGACAGGAUGCCGCCCCCGCGGCACGAUUCCACUUCCAACAGAGUCCGCCGUUCUCGGAUGGCGGCGGCGGCGGCGGAGGAGGAGGAGGAGACCAACGGCAGCAACCUUCCUUCGCCGCCCAGAGCACUGGCGGAGCCCAACAACAGCGCGGCAGCCAGAGCUCCGCCGCGUUCUCCAGUGACAAGGAUGAAGAGGAGGAGACGAAGACAGAGUCCACCACCUUUCCUGCUGCCGACGCCGACCACGCCGCGCUGGCCUCGGCCUUCUUCGGCGCCCAGAAUGGGGGAAACAUGGACAUGCUCAACAUGGCGUUCCUCAAAGGCAUGGAGGAGGCCAAGAAGUUCUUGCCCACCACCAACAGCCUUCUCAUCGACCUUGACGACCCCUCUGGCAAAUCCUUGCCUAAAGACAGAGACAGCAAGCCCUCCACUGCCUUUGCUGCUACCCAAGUCCAAGUGAAGGAGGAGGAGCAGGUGGUGAAUGCAACAUCAAUGUUUGGGGGAAGCAGAAGCGCCAUCGGCAGGGGCCGCAAGAACCGCCAUGCCGAGGAGGAUGAUUUGGAGGCGGAGACAGGCAGGAGCAGCAAGCUGAUGAUGCCGGAGCAGGAGGAAACCGGUGCCAACGAGCUGUACAAUGAAAUCAUGAAUUGUACCUAUGAGUCGUUCAUGAAGCGCAUGGAGGACCUGCGCAUCGCCAUGGACAGUGAGACUGAGAAAAGCGCCAGGAAGGUCAGCAGGAAGGGGGCGCGGGGGAAACAGAGUCUCGUGAACGAGGUCGUCGACCUGCGCACCAUGCUCAUCCAUUGCGCGCAGUCGGUGGCCACCGGCGAUCGCCGGAGCGCGACCGAGGUGCUGAAGCAGAUCAAGCAGCACUCCUCGCCCCGAGGGGACGCCACGCAGAGGCUGGCUCAUUGUUUCGCCAUGGGACUGGAGGCACGGCUUGCAGGCACGGGGAGCCAGGCGUACCAGUCGCUCAUGGCACAGCACACCUCGGUCGUGGAUUUUCUCAAGGCAUACAGGCUGUACGUGGCAGCCUGCUGCUUCAUGAAGGUGAAUUUCAUCUUCUCCCACAUGACAGUUGGUGACGCCGUGGCAGGGAGGAGCAAGUUGCACAUUGUGGAGUAUGGUGUGCAGCAUGGAUUUCAUUAUCCAGGUUUGUUCCAUCUACUGGCAAGGAGGGAAGGUGGACCGCCAGAGGUGAGGGUCACCGCAAUUGCCGUCCCACAGCCUGGGUUUCGCCCAGCCCACCAGAUUGAAGAAACAGGUCACCGUCUCAGCAACUUUGCCCGUGAGAUGGGCGUGCCAUUCAAGUUCCGUGGUAUUGCAGCAAAGUGGGAGGCCGUCCGUGCUAAGGACCUCAAUAUUGAUCCGGAUGAGGUGCUUGUUGUCAACAGUGAGUGCUAUAUCGGCAACUUGAUGGACGAGAGCGUUUUGGUGGACAGCCUGAGCCCUAGGGACACGGUCCUCAACAACAUCCGGGAGAUGCGGCCCAAUGUGUUCAUCCAUACCAUAGUAAAUGGAACCUAUGGCGCACCAUUCUUUUUGACACGGUUCCGGGAGGCACUCUUCUUUUUCUCGGCACAAUUCGACAUGAUCGAUGCGACCAUCCCCAGGGACAGUGCUGAACGGCUGCUGAUCGAGCGGAAUAUCUUUGGGUCGUUUGCCCUAAAUGUGAUUGCUUGUGAGAGUGCAAACAGGGUGGAACGGCCUGAAACUUAUAAGCAAUGGCAGGUGCGAAACCACAGGGCUGGGCUCAGGCAGCUACCACUGAAUCCAGAGGUUGUCAAGGCUGCCAGGGACAAGGUCAAGAACUAUUAUCACAGAGACUUCCUCGUCGAUGAGGAUAACCGGUGGUUGCUGCUCGGAUGGAAGGGACGUGUGCUCUAUGCCAUGUCGACAUGGGUUGCGGAGGAUAAUAAACCCAUCUUUUAG